AAGCUGGAGGCCCGGGCACGUGAUCCGGGGCUGGCUUCGUGGCUUGGUGGUUCGGUCUGUCUGUCGGUCCGCGGGUGCCAUCAUGGCGGACGCGGCCAGCCAGGUGCUCCUGGGCUCCGGUCUCACCAUCUUGUCCCAGCCGCUCAUGUACGUGAAGGUUCUCAUCCAGGUGGGAUAUGAACCUCUUCCUCCAACAGUAGGGCGAAAUAUUUUUGGGCGGCAAGUAUGUCAGCUUCCUGGUCUCUUUUCUUAUGCUCAGUACAUUGCCAGCAUCGAUGGGAAGCGUGGGUUGUUCACAGGCCUGACUCCAAGACUGUGCUCAGGAGUUCUGGGGACUGUGGUCCAUGGCAAAGUUUUACAGCAUUACCAGGACAGUGACAAGGUUGAGGAGUUAGGUCCUGGAAAUGUACAGAAAGAAGUAUCCUCUUCCUUUGACCGAGUUAUCAAGGAGACAACACGAGAGAUGAUGGCUCGUUCUGCUGCUACCCUCAUCACACAUCCCUUCCACGUGAUCACUCUGAGAUCCAUGGUACAGUUCAUUGGCAGAGAAUCCAAGUACUGUGGACUUUGUGACUCCAUAGUAACCAUCUAUCGGGAAGAGGGCAUGCUGGGAUUUUUUGCGGGUCUUAUUCCUCGCCUCCUCGGUGACAUCAUUUCUUUGUGGCUCUGUAACUCACUGGCCUACCUCGUCAAUACCUAUGCACUGGACAGCGGGGUGUCCACCAUGAAUGAAAUGAAAAGUUAUUCCCAAGCUGUCACAGGAUUUUUUGCCAGCAUGUUGACCUAUCCCUUUGUGCUCGUCUCCAAUCUCAUGGCUGUCAACAAUUGUGGGCUUGCUGGUGGGUGCCCUCCUUACUCCCCAGUGUACAAUUCUUGGAUAGAUUGCUGGUGCAUGCUGCAAAAAGAGGGAAAUAUGAGCCGAGGAAAUAGCUUGUUUUUCCGGAAGGUCCCCUUUGGGAAGACUUAUUGUUGUGACCUGAGAAUGUUAAUUUGAAGAUGUGGGACAGGGACAGUGACAUUUCUAUAGUCCCAGAUGCACAGAAUUAUGGGAGAGAAUGUUGAUUUCUAUACAGUGUGGCGCGCUUUUUAAAUAAUCAUUUAAUCUUGGGAAAAUGGA